AUUUUAUUCGAUUUUUUGGAACGUCACGGAGUGUGUCGGUUGGCGCUGUUGGAUCAUACGAUCGCGCUCGAUCAUCUGAGAUUCACUCGCCUCUUAUACUUUAUUUGAUUGCGAACGCCCGCAACCAUGCCUCGCAGGCAGACCCAGUUGCGCGGCCCUAAGGACAGGGACCAGUCCUCGAAAAAGCAGCAGCCCAAGAAACAGAGCCGCAAGGGCUUGGAUGCCUUUGCUAUCGCCGAGAGUGAACUCCCCUACAAACCGAAAAUCCGUCGCAACCGAUUGGGUGAAAACGAUGACCUGGUUAAGCGCAAGCGACACCCCGGCCAUGAUGAGGACGACGACUUCGACGACUCCGACGGCCCCGACAACAAGCGCCGUCGCACUCGCAACGAAGGCGCCGACUAUGACGAGAAUGCUGGCAGCGACGGUGAAGGAAACCGUUGGAGGAUAGGAGAGGUUGAUAGCGACGACGACAGCGAUUUGGACAGUGACGAAGCCAUGGGUUCUAGCGACGAGGAACGAUUCGAAGGGUUUACUUUCCGCGGGAGCUCGAAGAAUAAAUCCCAACCAAAAAAGAAAACCGCGGAGACCAAGAAGCGCGGCCGCAAAGUUACGUUGUCCGAGGAUACAGAAGAGUCAGAAGAAGAGGAGGACGAGGAAGACGACGAUGACCUCGGAGAAGACGCCAUCGACCUGACUACCGCAUGGGAUAUGAAUGAGGCCGCAGAGAAAGAAGAAGCGGCGGCGGCAGCCAAGGCACAGAAGGCCGCUGCAGGGGAAGACUCGGAUGAAGCCGACUCUGAAAGUGAGGACAGCGACGACUCCAAUGAAGAGAGUGAACUGUCCAUGUCCGAUGACGAAAUGAACGGCAAUGAUGAACAUGGACUUUCGAAGCUACAGAAUUUUGUGAACUCGAUGGAUCCCGAGUCUACCAACAAGUCGACCAAAAAGGCCAGGGGCGGACAAGAACAUGCCAAUCCGACCGAGUUCGGAUUGACGUCUACCAAGAAACUCACCGUUGCCGACCUUCUGCCAUCGAUUACGGAUUCGCGCCUGAAGAACUCGCUGAAGCAUGUGGACUCUACCGCCUCGUCUCAAAAGCCGUCCUCCGGCAUCCCGGGGAAAUUGGAUGCCCCUCUUCCCAAACGCCAACAGGACCGACUGGACCGUGAAGCGGCAUACGAAAAAAGCAAAGAAACCUUGGAUCGCUGGCUAGACACGGUCAAGGCAAACCGACGAGCGGAGCAUCUGAUGUUUCCUCUUCCCGACCCCGAUGCACAGCAGGUCCACCGCAUAGCCCCUGCUCAACCUCGUAACGAUCUCGAAAACACGAUCCAAAACAUUCUCGUGGAGAGUGGUCUAGCCGAGAACAGUGGCAAAACCGGCGAAGAACAAGUGCAAGAAUUUGAAGAGCUGCAAGCACGGAAAUUGCCCAUUGAGGAAAUCCGAGCUCGCCGGGCGGAGCUGCGUAAGCGACGUGAUCUGCUGUUCCGAGAAGAAGUGCGGGCAAAGCGUAUCAAGAAAAUCAAAAGCAAAUCGUACCGCCGCGUGCACCGGAAGGAGCGUGAGAAGCUCGAGCAGCAGGAACGGCAGGCUCUUCUUGAAGCCGGAGUUGACAUGGACGAGCAAGAUCAGGAGGCGAACGACCGCCGGAGAGCCGAGGCUAGAAUGGGCUCGAAGCACAAGGAGAGCAAAUGGGCCAAGAGUCUCAAGCAGACCGGACGGACGGCGUGGGAUGAGGACGCCCGGCUUGGUGCCGCCGACCUCGCCCAGAAAGAGGAAGAGUUGCGGAAGAGAAUUGAAGGCAAGAGUGUUUCUCACGGUAAUGAGGACUACCUCGGGUCAUCGAGCUCAGAGUCUGAGGAUGACGACGAUCCCUGGGACGAGGAGGCCGGCGCUGAGAAAGAGAAGCGCAAGAUCCACCAGAAACUCAAAGACUUGGAGGGUGACGAAGGUGCUGAGCUCGAAGCCAAGGGCCCUCAUGCCAACCUGUUCUCUAUGAAGUUCAUGCAGAAUGCCGAAGCUACACGCAAAGCUCAGAACGACGCUGAAGUUCGGAAACUGAACCGGGAGCUCCAUGGAGAAGAGUCCCAGUCCGAGGCUGAAUCUGAAGUUGGUCGGCGUAAAUUUGGCCAGUCAGCAACCGACAAGUCGGCCAAGGCAAACAAACCCAAACCUCUUCCUCGCAACGAGUUUGAAGAGGCACCCGGUUCCGAUGACGAAGAGGGCCCGACACGAGGAGCUGACGAGGGGGCCAAUGCUGUUCUGGAUCGUCCUGACAAGAAGCAGCCGGCUCGUUCCAACAACAAGCCCCGUGGUCGUCCCACAGGCGGCCUCUCGGAGCAAAAAGAGGAAGACUCUGCGGAGGAAAACCCGUGGCUGGUCCAGACGAAUCGAAACAACCGUCGCACAACGACGAAUGACUCGCAGCAAACCGUGGACAUUUCGGUAAAUGAUGCCCAACCCAAGACCGCCGGAUCCAAGAGUGCCUCCAAGAACCAACCAAAGGCGGUCGCUGCCCUGAAGAACCAACAGUUGGACGGGGACAACGACAGCGACGAGGACAGUGUCCCCGUGCUCCUCAAGAACCACGACCUCGUGAAGCGAGCAUUCGCCGGGGAUGAGGUUGUACAAGAAUUCGAGGACGAGAAGAUGGACACGAUUAAAGACGAAGGCGACCAGGUGAUUGACAACACCAUGCCCGGCUGGGGCAGCUGGGCGGGUGAUGGCAUUAGCAAGAAACAGCAAAAGCGCCAAAAGCGUUCGUUGACCACUGUCGAGGGCGUGAAGCCUGAAAACCGAAAGGACGCCAAGUUGUCCCGUGUUAUCAUCAACGAGAAGCGAGUCCAGAAGAACAAGAAGUACAUGGCAACUCAACUCCCUCACCAAUUCGAGACUCGACAGCAGUAUGAGCGAUCACUCCGUAUCCCCAUCGGUCCCGAGUGGUCCACCAAGGAGACUUUCCAAGGCGCAACCAAGCCUCGCGUGAUGAUCAAGCAGGGCGUCAUCAAGCCGAUGGAGAAGCCCACGAUCUGAUUCCCCACGGCCUGUUGACUGCGACGGAAACAUUGGCAUUUGCGAUUGGCAAGAACGGAUGUCAAGCGAUACCACUGCAUGUCGAUCUUUUGCUGCUUUUUCUUUUCUUUGUCUCGGGGGCGAUGUCCCAUCAUGUUUAUAGAUUCGGAUCGUGUGACGGUCUUCGGUUGAUAUGAUACCAACAAAAAAGGUUAUUAUGA